AUGCUAGGAGUAUCCUGUGUCACACAAGUAAGGGAAGGAAUCCGAAGCUCCGACCUGCGUCAACGAUCAAAAAUCAAAGAUGCCGAUCUGUACGACGAACAGUCGAAGAUAAGGCGAGUCGGACACAUAAUGCGUAUAAACGACAACCGAUGGAUGAAAGCCGUUAGUGACUGGAUAUCUCGGGAUGUCAAACGUACUGCAGGAAGACCACCGACCGAUCCGAUGGCAGCAGAAAAUGUUGGAAAGAAACCGUUUGAUUUUAAUGAGUGGCGUUUUGAUGCUGAACAGCACCCUGUUUUCACGAAGGAACUCGAGACUGCUCUAAAGGGAAAGUAG